CAUCCUGUUUGUACACAUACUUGGCAUCUUUUGGCAUCUUUGCAUCUAUCUUUUACCUUUUCUUGUCUGGCUUUCAUGUCGAGUUCGGCCUUUCAGCGUACAAAUCACUCCUCUUUUCCCAUCCACUCCACACGGCACCUCGCAUCACACCGCAAUGCCGCCAACUUUCUCAUUUCGCAACUCUCUGGAUGAACCGCCUCACAUCACCCUUGGGAGAAAGGCUUGGCAAUGGUACACGACCAAAAAGUCCAAAAGCGGGAUUACGGAACGAGACUUUUGGAAAUGGAUCAUAAACGAAAUAGGUCCAGGUCGUGAGCGCAAAGAUGUUUCUCUGGAGCAGAGAAAACGAGAGGGCUGGGAAAUUCCCAUCACUUACCCAUCAACCGCCGAGGGAUACAAGCUUCUGCAGCAACACAUAGCCUUCCAAUUCGAUGAGUGGUUCGUCAACGAGGAUCGCUGCAAGAUUCUGGUCGUUUCAUCUCCAGAGCCAGAGCCGCUCUCUGUUCAAGUCCGCAAAUCAAUCUCCAACAUCUUGCAUGGCGGUUCAUGGAUUAUGGAAGACAACAAUGGUGACUCGGCCCGCUCCACCGCUUCCCGGGAGGUUACACCAGAGCCCUGCACCGACUCGGAACACUUCAUUCGCACCUCGCUGUACCCUGCCUGGAAGGCUGUUUGCGACUUCCACAGACGCGAUCCGGCCAAUGUUUUCUGCUUCGACCUGCCAUUCAAUCAUUCCAACCUGGCUUUUGAGAUUGUCGAUGCCAUGGCCAGCUGCCAAUGUCCACAGACAAAGUUUCGCUUGGUGUUGGACAGCUCCAAGUACACCGAUCAUCAAAUGGUACAACUCCUGACGACUGAUCGGUCUCUGGCCGGGGACAAGGAGCUGAUUGUGGAAGUCACUGACGGAAGCGCCGAGGCUCGGACCACUCUCAUUCGACAAGUUGGCGAUUCGGCAUUGAUCAUUGAUGGAACCAGCAACUCCUGCAUCUUGCAAGCUAUUCGUGACCCUGCUGUCCACUUUUCUCUCACUGGAAAGAAGGGUGACGCGCCCAGACCGUGGGGCAUCUUGAAGUUCAUCGUGAACUGGGAGGACAGAGGCUUCUACGAACGUGCCCUCGAAGCCACCAAAAGCAUACCAAGAGGCUCAGCUCGCAUGCCAUCCACCCAACCUACCGCAACUGCGUCCUUUUCCGUGUAUCGCGACUCGCCUGUGCCCAAGCCGAAGCAAAGUUUUCCAAUUCCACUACGUCCUUCGCCAACCAAAAGAACGGAAUCACGGUCGCUACCUGUCGAGGCGGUUCAAUCUGAUACCUCGGAAGGCGAUGGCUGCGAUGAUGAGCGCUUCAGGUUCUUGUUGGCUUUAUGGCUUGGAAGGAAGCGCCCGAUCGAAGACAUUGUCCGAGAAGAAUGUCCAGAGUUUGAACUCGAGCCUAAUGAUCGCCUGCCGGAGGAAGCGAGACUGGACUUGAUGGAGGCAUUACUGGAUGAUGAUUUCAGUGAUGUUUUCGAAAUUCUCACUGACUUUUAUUCGGGCGCCCACUUUAUCUUUAGCGAACUCGAUGUCGAUGACCGAUGGGACAGCAUCAGAGCACGCAUAAAGGACCUUCAGCAAAUGAAAUUUGGAGGCGGCUUAAAGGGUGGGAUGGGAGGCUCCAGGUCUGCCACAUUUACGCCCCAACAAUCCUUCAAAUCACAAGCUUCCUUGACGUGGGAUGAUCCAGAGCUCAUUCGCGGUGAAGACUUGGUGGAGCCACUGGAGCAAGGCGGCUUAUUGCUUGAGAACCACUUCGACCGCCGAUUCCCAGAUCUAUUCAUUGAUCUGGUGUAUGACGUUCGGUAUCGGUGGAUGGAUCCCGGAUUCGGUCAGAUCUUUAAUCCCACCCUGUACUUUUGCAAGCAUGGGCCUACAGGAUCGAAGGACGACCUGGCUAGCUCCAUGCCACGCUUUAAACAUCCUUCCUUUGAUGUUGAAAGGGGACAUUUGCAUGAUUUGAAGCCAUUGGAAACAACGAAACCUGUUUCAACCUCAACUGACGGCGGACCUACCCUUUCCACGCCCUCGAUAUUCGGGCCUGAUCAUUCUUCGAGAGUUCACAUCCCCUCCAAGACCUCGUCUUUACAGUCACAUUCCCUUAGCCCGGGCUGGGUGCCUUUUGGGCACAGAAGAGCAUGGUCGGCUCCGGUUCUUCACCAGAACAAGCCAUCCACUCUCACCGACACAGCAGCAAAAACCGAGGAGGAACCGUCGUGUUCCAGUGCAACUAUAGUUGCAAAGACCUCCGGCCAAGGACAAGGAUCUUUAGAUCCUUCAAGAGAAACAACAGAAAACGGACCCCUCACCCGGAGAUGACAUGUUCAGCAGGACAUAAUCUCGCCAAGGCACGAUUGAAACCGUCGUUUCGUACUGGACAGCAUCCAUGGGUGCUUUGACGUCCCCAGUGAUUAGUCCUAGCGAGGCAGCGAGCCCGAACCAUAGCUCGGAUACCGACUACAAAUGCAUGUGCACGGCGGACAACGCGUCGGCUACCGUCCAAGCCGGCACGGCGUGCGUGUUGGAGACCAAGCAGAGUCUAACUAAGGACCCGUCUCAAUACCCAUUUUUCUCGCCAAGACCUCGCUGUCGA